CAGGAUAUUCCUGAAUGAACGGCUCCUUCCCUCACCCCACACCUCCGCCCGGCUCCCGCCUCCCGCCCGCUACUUGCCGGUGUCUCUUCGCGGCGCAGCCAGUUUCUAUAGCGACGGGGGCUGAUCCGCGCCGCUCCCCAGUAGUAACAAAGCCCGCUGCCCGCUGCCGCGCCGGAGCUGAGGGGGGGACCCGGCUCCCUCUCACGGAGGCACCCCAGACAGGACAAAGAGAGAACAGAGAACACAUCAACGAUGAAUCAUCUGUUUUUGUUAUCAGUCAUUCAGACACUUUGGUGAUGGAUGGAUGGAUGAAUAGAUCGAGCCCAGAGCUGUAAGCCAGCUUGGCAGCUGGCAGUUCUUGCCCGUGUGAAGAAUAGGCAUUUCUUGUGUUCCCUGCAAGUGAACCUUUGCAAGAAGUUCUUUAUCUUGGAAAAAACUCCACAUCAUCUUUUUCAGAUGGAUGCCUGGCUCAGAGUAAAGGACAUGCAGUGCACAAUCCCUAGCAGAACCUGAAAAGGGAUGACGCCUACUGAUGCUUUUCGACAACAUCCUCUCCUCUUUUCCUGUUUGAGAUGGUUGAUAUGAUCAUCAGGAAAAACUUCUAAAAUAAGACUGAGUGACCUCUUUGUCACUUGACUCCUCUUUCCUCCAGUCUAAAAACCAUCAGAAGAAAUGACCACUCAACUACCAGAGGAGUCUGUGGAGACUCAGAGCUCAGAUGAGCUUGAGUGCAAGAUCUGUUACAACCGCUAUAACCUGCGACAGAGAAAACCGAAAGUGCUGGAGUGUUGUCACAGAGUAUGUGCCAAAUGCCUUUGCAAGAUCAUAGACUUCGGUGAUUCCCCGCAAGGAGUCAUAGUAUGCCCAUUUUGCAGGUUUGAAACGUGCCUGCCAGAUGAUGAGGUUAGUAGUCUUCCUGAUGACAACAACAUCCUUCUGAAUUUAGCUUGUGGGGGAAAGGGAAAGAAGUGCCUACCAGACAAUCCAACAGAACUGUUGCUGACUCCCAAAAGGUUGGCAUCUCUGGUUAGCCCUUCUCACACCUCUUCUAAUUGCCUGGUUAUAACAAUCAUGGAAGUACAAAGAGAAAGCCCCCAGACUCUGAACUCAACCCCCGUGGUGGAAUUUUACAGGCCUACAAGUUUUGACUCUGUUGCGACUGUGUCCCACAACUGGACAGUGUGGAACUGCACAUCUUUGCUCUUCCAGACCUCAAUUCGGGUGCUAGUGUGGUUGCUAGGGUUGCUGUACUUCAGUUCCUUGCCUUUAGGGAUUUAUUUACUGGUAUCUAAGAAAGUUACCCUUGGGGUUGUCUUUGUAAGCCUUGUUCCUUCGAGCCUUGUUAUUCUCAUGGUUUAUGGCUUUUGCCAGUGUGUUUGCCAUGAAGUUCUAGACUGCAUGUCAUCUUGAUAACAAAUACAGUAAAAUGUGUUGCCACAUGUGUAGCAUAGUUGAUUUAUCCUGUCUUUGUAUUCUUAUUUAUUCUUGUUGUUGCCCAUCCCACUAAAUGGAAGCAGUGGCCCUAGUUAUACGGUCCAUUUAUUUUGAUUUGGUUUCUUUUCUGUUUUUCCUCCUUUUUUAAAGAUAAAUAACGGACAUAAAAUUUACAUGCUGAUUUUAAAAGGCCAGGCUGUAGAAAGGGAUAAAGCAAAAUUGCCAAACUUGGUGCCUGCUGCUGCCACUAUUCAAAUGAGUAGCCUUUUGUUUUCUAUUGCCUUGAUCGUGUGAGUCAAGGCUGCAGGAUCAGCCCUAUAAGGAACUCGUAUAACAGGCACCUGACAGGUCAAAUUACAGCAUCUCUUCAUACAAAGCAUCUCAUGCUUUGGAAUAUCUGGGUUUUUUAUCAUUUAUAGCAAAUGAAAUCACUUCAUUAGUUAAUAUUAUAAGAAGACAAGUUACCGUUGUUUUUUUCCAGUUCUUGUUAUAGCAAAAAUAUUGGUGGGGUGCCAGUGGUCACAGAUUUUUUGCAUUCUGCGAAAUGAGGAGCCUCUUUUUUUCUCAUGCUAAAAUCAUGUCUGCAGAACACUUUCCCCAAGCAGAAGCCCACUUUUCUUGUCAUAUAGUUGCAACUCCCUCUGAGAUACUCCUGCUAAUGAGUACUUGCAGGGACCCAGCCACACAUUUGCUCUUCUCUAGAUGCGCUUAUUUCAGUGUGCGUACACCGUAGGCUUCCUUUCAAGGGUUCAGAGCUCUGCAGAUUUCUCUAGCUAUGUUGUGCUUACCCUCCCUCCCAGCAUUUCCACCACCACACCACAUUUCCAACCCGUGAGUCCUCCCCUAACAAAUUUCCUGACCAACUUGUUGCCCACCUACUCUGCGGUAGCUACACUGGAGAAUUUGGCUUAUGUGACUUUAGCUAUCAACACAGAUUUUUAUUCCCAACUAUUAGGAAAUGGACCUUCAAUAACUAAUACAAAUUUCAGAAAUAUUCUGAAAUGGUUAACUGUUGGGUUUUGGGGUUUUUUGCUUUCUGAGCUCCCAGAAUGCGCGUUGUAAGGAGGUACUACGAGACUUUGGGAAGGUUUCUGUUUCAUAGUCCUUCAAAAUGUUUAAUACCCUGAACUCCUCCUAUCACCAUUGUGAGUUGAUGGCACUCUAGUUGUGGCAAUAAGUGUGUCUUGAUUCGUUGAGUUCAGAGGAAUUACUGAUGAUUUACCAUUCCACAAAUAGAAUCAGGCCCUGUAAGGCUUGCUUGUAUGUUGCAUGGUUUAGGCUACUUUUUGAACUGGAAGAGCACAAAAAUAAGAAAUAUUUAAUGUUUAUGUGUAUAACUAGGUCUAGUCAAUGCCACAGCUGCAAACUCAUUUUUCCUGGGCACAGCAGAGUGAAAACUGGGAAGGAGGAGUUGAGCAGUGCAAGCAUAGUUUUUGGACCAGGCACAAAACUUAGUAAUUUCAAGUCAGUGUAAGAGGGAGAGGUGUUUGUUGCAUGAACAGUGAAUGUAAGGCCUAACAAUAUAUUUGUAGUCUUUGGUAAGAAUGAAAAAUGCUGAAAAGGAGAGCGUUAAGUGGUUGUUGUGUCUGUCAAGAGGAUUUGAAGUCAAGAUGGUCCAAUUUUUGUAGAUGGCACAGAUGGUAUCUACAGUAGUUUGAUUCCUAUUGCAAACAUAGGGAAAAUGCGGAAAUGUAAAAGUCCUGCUUUUCUUGACACUCAUUUUCUAAUAGUGCAUAUAUAUGUGUAUGUAUGUACAUAUAGACACAUGUGAGAAGAAAACUUCUAGAGAAAUCAUAGUUUUCAAGUGUAUGGAGUUAUGGAGCUAUGUACUGAAUGAUUAAAGGAAAUGUUUCAGACUUCUCUGUAACGACUUGAUAACAAUUAUAACUAAAAUAUUUUCAGAAUUCAUAGAAAUGACUAUUCCUAAGUAAUUGUUUUUCACGCUUGUGGUAAAGCACGUAGAGUUAGAAGAGGUAUCAUCUCCAAUCCUGGUAUACUGCAAGGUUUGACUCAUCUAUGAACUAAUAAAUUUUAAGUAUCCAAUGAUGAUCAUGUGAAAAAGCAAGAAAAAAAUAGAAACUUAUGUGGUUUUAUAGUACUUCAUAACUUUGGGAAAAGAUGUAUUUGUAGUGUUAGGGAUUUAUAUGUUUUAGGGUUUGUUCUAUUUGUCUGAAUACAGUGUCUCUAAUAAAGGGCUGCCUGAUAGAGGAAGUAGGUUUUGCAAAUGUGUGACACACGUGUAUUUCCUCUGCACAACACGUCUACAGUGCUACCUGUUGUCUUCUCCUUUUGAUUUUAAGUUGAUUAUCUUAGCUCCAGCACCAGGUAUUUUGUACUCUGUUUUAAAACAGAGUCUAAUCUCAGCAGGAUUUCAGUGGUAUCAGUUACACAUCACAGCACAAAUAAAUACACCUGCUAUUACGCUUCGCUGUUUUUUAGGCUGCUACACUGUUAAAUUUAUGCUGUUAUUUAGACCGUGCUGCAAUACUAAUCCGCUCAAAAAUGCGAGCGUGCAAAAACAUAUUGAUUGUGUAGCCAUUCUGCUGCUCAGCCAGAGCAUGUUAUUACAGCUUUGGUCUCAUAAAAUUCCUAUAUGACUUAUAAUAUGGCUAUUGAGAAUGUAAGGAGGUCUAAAUCUCAAUUAUUUGUGGAAAAGAUAUUUGCUGUGUGACUGACACUAGAAGAACUUCAGAUAUUACUCUCUCAUUUUUAUUCUCCACCAUCUUUAAGACUUAGAACUGACAACCUCAUGUUUUCUGCAGGGGAAUAACUCUGCUGAAGUCAGUGUAAAUGGGGCUAGAAUCAGAUCCUACAUACCUGCCUGCCUGCUUUUCCUUCUUUUUCCAUGACUUUUUUGCUCUCCUUGGAGAGUAAUGACUCAUGUGGUUGUGAAAUAUUGCCUGCACACCAAGGCAAUUCCCUUUCAGGAUUUUAUUCCUGCUUUGCCCAGACAUGUGACUCAACGAGGUACAAAGUGUUAUAGAUUCAUUACUACAGCAUUAAUUUAGUCCAAAUGAGAUUUUUUUUUUUUUUUUUUAAAUUCACGCUUAUCCUAUGGAUGUGGACUGUAUCCUCACCAGCUGCUCAUUUACAGUGUGAUAUAGUGGCAUCCCCCUCUUGGUGGGACCCAGCGAGGGAUGAAGCUCUGCAAGCGUGGCCUGAGCCCAGAGCCUGAAGGGCAAUUACCAGAGAGGGGGUUAAAUGGAGAGCAGGGCCUGUGGGUUCAUAAACAGGAUGUGGGUCCUCGGGGCUGGGAGUGGGUUGUGGUGGGGAGGCUGUGCAAAGC